AUGGCAGCCUCCUUCUCCUCUACGUUGUCUACUUUCGUGCCUCCGCUGAUGAUGAAAUACGAAGACGAGCCAAGAAACUGGACAGACCUUCCGUCGGAGUUGACGUCUUCGAUCCUGCUCCGACUUGGUGCUAUUGAGAUACUUGAAAAUGCUCAGAAGGUGUGUACAUCGUGGCGACGCAUCUGCAAACACCCUUCCAUGUGGCAGAAGAUUGAUAUGCGAGACCUGGGAAAUCGCGGACAGCACAACUUAAUAUUUGAUGUCUUGUGCCGUCAGGCUGUUGAUCUCAGCCAAGGCGGCUUGCUGGAGAUCUACAUUGAGAACUUCGCCACCGAUUCUCUCCUCAACUACAUCGCUGACAGAUCAAGCAAUCUGAGAAGUCUUGGAAAUGGAUUUCGAAUGCACUAUACAUCUAUAUCGAACAAAGGUAACGCAAUCGAAAAACUUCCAUUGCUUGAAACCCUAGAGGUCUCACACCCAACGCUUAAACUGAAUUUGAAAGCAAUAGGCCACGCUUGCCCACAACUAAAGACAUUGAAGCUAAACUCCUCAGGGUCAGAUUUUCUUGGGUUAGAUGAGUUAAAUUACGGGACCUUUGGCAUCGACUGUGAUGAUGAGUAUGCACUAGCAAUCGCUGAAAGCAUGCCUGAACUACGCCACCUCCAGCUUCUUGGGGACAGAUUAACUGCUAGUGGCUUGAACGCCAUUCUUGAUGGUUGUCCUCACUUGGAACACCUUGAUCUACGAAAGUGUUUCAACAUUAACAUGGUCGGAGAUCUUGAGAAGCAAUGUUUGGAGAGGGUAAAAGAGUUCAGACGCCCGAAUGACUCAACCGCUGAUUACCCUUUUGAUGUCAUUUUUGUCAAUUAUGAUUUAUAUCAACACAUCGAGGUCUUCUGCGACUUAUCUGCCUAUUUUGACUAGGUAUUAAAUCUCUUUGAACA